AUCUGAUUCUGGUCCCUCCUUCAGAGCGUAUCUGCGUCUACGGUGCUUUUAUCUCAUUCCACACUUCCCGCACUCUCCAAGCUCAUCAGAACUACUUGAGUUAUCUGAAUUGGCUUCCAAUGGACCACGAGGUAUCUGGUGCCCAAGAGUGGCAGCUUCCUGGCUACGGUCGAACCGCACCCAAGAAGAGCGCCGUAGUUUCACCACCCCAACCCGACCCGCCGUCUCGUAAGGCAACUCCGCAGCUAGAGCCUCCAAAGCAGCCACAGACAGCACCCAAAACACCUAGUCCAUCGCGAAACGUCGUUGUUGGCCGCGGCGUGCCGAAUGUGAGAGUAAGGGGAACCGCGAGAGGUAGGGGAGCCUCGCCUAGAGGAGCUGCACAAGGCCACUCGAACAAAAUACUUCAGGACACCCCUGCAAAGGCGAAAUGGAGAAAUGGAGCAACCCCCAGCGGUGUCGUGCAACUACCUGCUCCCUUUGGGACCUUCAAACAUGAGUUCUUUGGUUUAGCAAGGCUCACAGCAUCUGUGAGAAAGACUAACUCCGGGCAAAAUAGAAAUGAAGUAUUCGAGGAUAUUGGCAAGCGAACCGGCGCUUUCAUUCAACCACCGGUGUAUGGUGACCAUAUUAUUCAGGUAUGGGGCGAGCCGAGCCAGGUAGCUUCAGCGGAAGAGCAACUCAAAGGUAUCAUUGCCAAGUGCAACAUGUUCAACAAAUCCAAGGAGCGAAGCGACUGGACCAAGAUCCAUGCCUAUUCAACCAAGAAAGAACUGGAUGCUGAGUACAAGGAGAAGGGUGAGAACAUGCUACACGAACUUCGAAAGCAACCUGAGUUUGAUACUGCAUUUCCUGAGCAGCUACUCUUUUUAUGGCCCGAAGAUGGUCCCUCUCUGCACGAAUGCCUAGGGCCUGAACUGGAAUCCCUUGACUCAAUUCGAGCUAGGUUUGGCUGUUAUUUGUUUAUCCCAAGAGACCUACCUGCCUAUAUAUGUGCACUUGGAAACAAUCAUGAGAGUAUGAAACAAAUCGCACAGAGCAUCAGAAUUCUAUGGGCUGAGGCUGUGGCAAAGAGUAAUAUCAAAACCAAGAUAUAUCUUGUUGAACCACCGGAGCCGACGACAAUGAAGGGUAAAAUCAUGGUCAAGAAGCUGAACCAGCUGCACAAGCCCAUCCUUUGCGGAGGCCGGCUCAGAGGGCCCAGUCUAGAGGAAUGGCAGGAUCGUUUUGGGUUGGUACAGUCCAGAAACAAAACCCGUCUUCUAACCGCGGUUGAGAGCUGUCUGAAAGGACUUUCCUUUGUUCGUGGACACUUGCGGAUGCGUGUUAACCUUGGUACAUUUGUACUUGAAAACUAUAAGCUGCCUGAAGAUAAUAAGGGCUCGUAUAGUUUUGAGGAAUUUCGAGAAACAUUGAUGCACGAGCAAGCCAAGGGUCGACUGAUUCCAGAGUUGAAAGUCGGCCAGUCCGAAUUCCUUCAGAGAUGCUUCAAAGCGACUGAUUUAUUCGAGCCCUACGACGGUACAUCAACUCCGCUUGCAAAUGCAGAGCUGGCAUACUCCGUAAAUUUUGAAUUCCUUGGUGCAGACAAAUCCAUGCUUCGAUUGGAGGCAGAGUUUUCAAAAACCCCUGGAGCAAAGGACUACCAUACUAAUGAACGCCGCUGGCUCAGGCCUCGUACAAGUGGCCAAACUGGAGACAGGCAACCCCCUUUGCAUGUUGCCAUGAUUGACUUUGGACGUUCGGAUUGGCAGUUAGAAAUAAAGUCACUCGAGUUCUACGAAACUUCAUCGAUUGACGCUGCUCUGAAAACAUUCUCUCACUCGAUUGGAUUCCGGCGCACCCCAAACAUGGGAAAUAUCUCUGCGAAGCCGGAACGAAAGGUGACGUUUCCCUCCAGCCCUCCAGUAUCAAGGCUCGUGGAGAAAUCUGCCAUUCGAUAUCGGAUAAAAGGUACAAAGUACAUCUUUGAAAUAGCCCGCUACGAUGAGUAUAGACGCAUGGAAGUACACAUCGGCCAGACUGGGGCCACGAUGACUAGUGGCAUGUCAGACGUUCCGUAUACAUCGUGGGGGGCAUCAGUUUUCGAAGCAAACUGGGACAAUUUACUCGGGGGUCAUGCAAACUUGCCCGUUGGACAUUCCGCAAAAUACAAUCCCAGCCUCGUCACCUUCUUCCCACCCAAAGAACCUUUGACAGCCCUAGAAGACCAGACCAAAGGCCUUUGGGAGUUUGUUGACCUGGUCAAACAAGCAGCCGAGCUCUUGGGUCCAACGAGGACGUCCUCAGAGGACGCAGACAAUGACACCGUAUCCAGUGCCGGAUCGGCUUCGCUAGGGUUGGGCUCAAUAAAAACUGGACUGGCCUCUUCUGAAACGCCCGCAAAUUCUACUGGAUAUGGUCCUGCCGGGAUGCUGAAUGCAGAUCUAGGUACCUUGUUUUAAGCAAUUAAACGUGGUUAUCGAUGUAUACUAGGUACCCCGCAGGGCUGACUCGAUUGGGAGAACUAAUGGCCUAUGUUACAUUCGUCCCUGCUUUUUGUUCUUGUCUUCCUUCGUCACUGUCAUUGCUUUAUAGUCGCCACAACUUCAUUUUAUUUCAUGUUCCCUGAGAGAGUAUAUUCAACCAGCAGCCGCAGCCUGACCAGACGAUGCAGCACCCUCACUCAUCAACUUCUGCCUCAGAGCUGUUGAAUCGUCAGUCCCAUGUCGUUAAAAAAAUAAAGAAAAAAAUAUUUCCCAACUAACCUUCUUCAAAGACCCGCUGCUGAGAGCUCUUAGUCUGCACAACCUUCUCCAGUUCCGUCAGAUUCGUAUCCAACUCCUUCACCUUCUGGUCGUAGAAUUCAAUCGCCUUCGCGGGUGUCU